AUUUUGUGUUUACAGAUCAACUUGCGGCUCAUCUUGGUGAGUGGAAAAACAAAAGAGUUUUUGUUUUCACCUAAUGAUUCAGCUGCAGACAUUGCCAAACAUGUGUAUGACAACUGGCCAAUGGACUGGGAAGAGGAGCAGGUCAGCAGCCCAAAUAUUUUACGGCUUAUCUACCAGGGCCGGUUUCUGCAUGGCAAUGUGACACUAGGAGCAUUAAAGCUUCCCCUUGGCAAAACCACAGUGAUGCAUUUAGUAGCCAGAGAGACAUUACCAGAGCCAAAUUCCCAAGGUCAAAGGAACCGUGAAAAAACAGGAGAAAGCAACUGCUGUGUGAUUCUGUAAAAACAUCCAGUUGUUUUACCUACCCACGAUAUCAUAUAGUUCUUGUCUAUCUCAUGCUGGUGGAAUAUUCACACGUAAACCUUGCUUCGCAGAGCUGAAAAAGAAAACAGUUAACCCAAAACUGGAUCAUUACUUGGUGCCCAUAUUAUGUUUUCUGUUUCUUGUCUAAAUUGUUCUUUUAAGCUCUGUUUACGUCUAUAGAAUCCAUAAUAUUAUGUAUGUUUGUAAUACAGAUUUUGUUUUUCUGUAAUGGUAAUAUUUUGCACAUGACAAGAUAGUUUGGCAUAAUGCAGGCUGUACGAAUUCUGGUUAUAGAAGUAGUUUGUACCUCAUCACACAUUUCUGAAAGACAACAUUUUCAUGAAUCUAGCAGAGCUUGAUUCGCACUAAUCUUGGCACUACCUUACCUAAGGUAACAUUAGGUAGUCCAGGAUUAGUGCUACUAUAAACCUCGCUUUAGAUUUAUUUGUAGGUACUUUUAGUCAAUGCCAUAAAAUAUUUGACAGAUUAUUUAAUGAUGCUGUUGAUAAAAUAACAAAUCUAAUGAAGAGGUAGAAUAAUAUUUUAAACAUGAAAUAUAAAAAGUUUAAAUCAUGAAAGUAAAUACUUUUUUUUUUUUUUUUUUUUAAAUAGUAAACCAUACUAAAAGUUGAUGUGCCUGUAGUCAGACAGUGGUCCACAGAGGACUGAUAAAUUGGACUUGUUCACCAACAAAUACUGUAUGCACUAAAAUCUGCAGAUUAUGAAAUAAUUCUGCAGAAAUAAAGUGCAUUUCCUAGCCUAAAUGGAGGAAGGAAAGCUUUUAUUAGGUCCUUGUGUUAUUCGUAAAUAAAAGUAAAGGCCUCAUGAAUGAUCCAAGGGGUUUUUUUGUACAUUACCAGUCCAUAUUUUGUUAAUGAAAUAACCUGCAUGCAACUGCGUAUUAUUGCCCAGUGUUGUCUGUAUUUAACAAUUUAAAACUACUUCUUAAGGAAGCAUACAGUAUAUAUUUGCCAUACAACUUUUUAAAAAUUGUUUUCCUUGCACUUGCAUUAUGUUGCAGUGCUUAUAAUUAGAACAAGACGGUGAAUUGAAACAGCGUAUAAGAUGUCAUUAUUUUUCCUAUUUUUUUCUCUAAAGAAUUUACUUCCUGAAAAGAAUAUUUGCACAGCAUUAAAGCAUGAGCUACUUUCAUCUAAACUUGUAAAAAUAAAAACAAAUGUUUUUUUUUUAUAUUUCAGUAGGAAGAUGUUCUUCCUAACUGAUGUUACAUAAGUGUAGAAUACAGUAUAUUUAAUAUGAAUCUUAUAUAGUAUAUGACUAAAGAUAUCAUUGCUAUACAUUGGUGUGUAGUAUAGAACAAUAAUCUUUAUUGAAACAGUCACAGGUUGACAGUGCGCAUUGUACACAAUACAAGUGACCAUAACCCCUCAAUCAAGUUAAUAUAAUGUGUAUUUGUGUAUUUUGUUUGUUUGUUUUCAACUGUUCAUAAUUUAAGGUAAUAAUUUUAUUUUAUCUGUAGUUAUUGCUUUAACAAAAUGCUUUAGAAUGCAGUAGGUCUUUAAAAACACACACACACAAAUAUUAUUCACACUGAUCUGGAAUACAUCUGUAUAGAGCAAAGUUUUAAAACUGAUUUGUAAAUAGCACUAUACGUUUUCUUUCUGCAAGCUGUACCAAUAGUUCCUUCUGUAAACUAAAUAAAGAAUAUUGCAGUGA